UGAUUGUACAGACAAGGUAUACGAAUAAAUUGGCAAUUUUGCAUGUGCCAACUGCCAAUCGAUAUAUAGAAAUCUAGCUCAACCACAAGAAAGGAAAUUAAAACACGGCUCAAAUUUCAAGAGAUCAAGACUAACUAACGCGCUAACCAAUCACAUUUGAGGGUCAGUAAAUAGACAUUGAACAGCAACGUUGUUCCGAGGAAAAAACCUUUAACCAUUCUGACAUUAUCCGAUUCUACGCCACUCGCUAUCGCUGUCCUGUAACAUGAAACAAAACAAAGUUAUUGGGGAUUAGUCGAGAGCAUAUAUGUUUUAUUUCAUUAAGAGAAAUGGAUUCCAAACUUGGUGUUGCAUUCUCAGGCGGUGGAAUUCGGUCAGCUGCCUUCUGUUCAGGGGUUCUGCGCAGGCUCCUUAAGAAAGAAGCAGAACCGGAUUAUUUAAGCUGCGUGUCUGGCGGAGGUUACACUGGAAGUGCUUACGUCGAGUGGAAAUACCGAAAUGGAAGCUCUUCAGAUUGGACUGAGAGAUUCUUUGAAAAUAUGAGAAAACGAGCAGGAUAUUUUUGCAAUUGGCAAAGUCCUGAGUGUUGCUGUGACUCCAUGAUAUUAUGUUCUUUGCUCUUUUUUGUUUCAGUAUUCGUUCCGAUUGUUGGUUGGGGUUCUUUUGCUUUCCCAAUUGCUUUUACCAUCAAACUUUUGUACGGAAAGUUUCUCGAUGGUACAAAGUGUAGGCAAAGUGGCACGAGCAAUGAUUGUAUAGAACGCAACCUCCUCUUCUCGGUCUCUUUAGUUAUUCUUCUUCUAUGUCAUCUGCUUGAAUACCUUUGUAGACGUUGUUCUGAAAACAAACGAAAUUACUUACGGAUUAAGUGGGUUAGAUUGUUCCUAAAAUUGGGUCAGAUAUAUUCUGGUGCUUCGUUCGCCUUCACUUUCUUGCCAUGGUUUAUUCAAGAUUUUUUAAAGCAUUCGGCGUUCUAUAUCCAGGCCGGCAUAGUUCUUAUCACAGCAAUUUUCUGGUUUUUUCUUCCACUUUUGCGCAAGUACUCUUCCCUGGUAAUUUUGGUCUACCUUUACUCUUAUAUCGUGUACUGGCACCUGUACAAAUCGACGUUAUUCCAAUUUAAGUACACAGAACAGGGAUUCAAAAUAUGUUUGUUUGCCUCAUUUGGUAUUCUAGCAGUAUUCUCGAUUCUUGGAGAUAUUCCACUUCGUUUGGUUCAUAAUUAUAACAGGUGGCGAUUGCAGAGAGCUUUUUACUACCACGACAAAAGCGAACUCUGCGCUUGCUCAGAACAUUGCUGCCAUAGUUAUGGUUCCUGCGCUGGAAGCAACUGCUGUUCGUCUGGGAUGUAUCGACCCAAAGAAAACGACCAGCGAGCAGUGACAUUGGGAGACCUCGAAGGAAUAAAACCGGAGUAUCUGAGCAAUAUGGUGAUAAAUGGCUGGCGCCGAAAAUACGAUAAAAGAUAUUGUCUUCUUACAAUGAGCUCUAAAGGAAUUUCUGUGAUAGACCAACAACCGCAAUUUAGUCAAAGUCAGACUUCCGUAACCAAUCAACCACCGCAAUGUCUUCGAGAUCUCGAGAAAUUCAGAGAAAACUGUUUGAAUAGCGAAAAUUUUAAAGGAAAACUGAAACCCAGACAUGUGAAACUAUCUUCAGCGAUGGCAAUGUCUGCUGCGGCUGUCUCACCCAGUCUUGGCAAGCAUGAAGAAGCUGAGCACAGAUUUACACAUAUUUUGACGUUGCUCGGCAUGGAGAUGGCCGCACAUCUGAUUUACAACAUGACAGGCGAAAAAAAAAGAGGUUGUUGUCAUCGGUUUUGGAAGGGUAUUGCAAAUUUAACUGUGGCUCUUUUAGUUGGCGGUGGAGGAUUUGGACUAUGGAAAUUACUUGUUCCACAUAUUGAUGGCUUGGCUAUAAUCACAACUGUGGCUAUAAUAACAGGAGGAUUCGGGUUAAUAGUCACGAUGUUGAUUAUCUAUAUUUGCUGCUGUAAUUGUCAAGAUCACUCUGAUUACACCGAUUCCCCCGAUUCGUAUGAAUUGGACGAGAAUGAAAAGAUUUCAACCCCAACCAGAUGGCUCACUGUACACCUGCCCUUUUACCGUUUCCUUCUUUCCCUUGUACAUUUCAUCCACGAUGGUCCAAAGCCACCGGCGAUGUUGCAUCUCAGUGAUGGCGGCCAUUUUGAAAACUAUGGCCUCUUACCCCUGUUAAAAUUGCGACUACCGAGAAUUCUGGUCGCAGAUGGUUCACAUAUCAAGUCAGACGAUGACUACGGCAAGGAAAUCAUACAGAUAAUGAAUCAUGCCCGUGAGAUAUUAGAUUGCUCUUUCACUGCAAUGGAUGGAGGAGAUGUGUUGGCUGAUAUUAAGAAAAAGUAUGUCCACCCCAAGGAUGGUAAAUAUCCAAGAAUGUAUGAAUUCAAAGUUCGUUACUCUGAUGAAGGUUGCAACGAGGUUCGUGAAGGGCACAUUGUCUUAAUUUCUCCGCGUUAUUUACCAGAAGAGGUUAGCUCCUCUGAUAAAAGUGACGUGUCUAUUGAGAUGACAGAAAGAGGUGACCAAAACUCCGCAGGUAAUGUUCAGGUGACAUGGCAAACCGUCGGAGAGAAUCUUGACGACGAGAAAUGGGGAACCGGUCCCAGUCUUUUGGAGAAAACAAUGAAUGAUGUUUCUGGAUUUCCUGCCGGGUUAGGCUGCUGCGAUAUGAAAACUCGUUGCUCCUGCUGUGAUAGUUGCUUAGCCUUUCCUCGUCAUACAACUGGAAACCAAUUUUUCACACCUCGUUUGUUCACUGUUUAUCACAGAGAAGGAUACAGGGCGUGUAUGGAAUGUGACGACUUUCUCAAACCGCCUACGGAAAGUUUUCAACCUGUAUAGUUUUCUGACUUUAAUGCAAACUAUUUUAGUAGCACUUUACCGCGUUUGGGGCAUAAUUUCAACGCAAGCAACACAGUUUCUUGUCAAAGCACAGUCCUUACAGACUUUUAUCCAUUAUUUUACACACUUUUACCAGUAUUUUCGUUUACCUUCCUGGCAGUUUUUUAUUCCUCCAAGGCUGUUUAGUUCAUACGGAAAAACUUUUCGCAUUUAGUUUAUUUUGGCUAAUUUAUUAACUAUGCAGUACAAUUAAUAAAUUAACUCUACUCCUCUCGACCGAUCACCAUCCAGUAAUUUUAUCAUGCUAAUAAUAAUAACAAUUUUUAGCAUGUGAAGUUUACACAGUAAAUUAGUUUACUUUCUGCAUCAUUUGAUUUGUUAAGAUAAUGAUGAUUUCAUGACAUGUGAUGGAACUGCAAUCUUUUUUAUCUAGUUUUUAUCGCGUAUAGUUUGGCUUGUUGGUAGCCAUGCAAACUCGUACAUAGACUAUAUAAAACAACGUAACGUACGUAAACAAUGACUGAUGGUUGAUAUCAAACGUC